UUUAAUUUGCAUGAAAUUGGCCAAAUUGCCAAUUUCUGACCACUUUGUUGAGUAGUUAAAAUCGGUAAAUGAGUGGUUUCUUGUACUCAGUUGAUAGAAAAAAAUGGAGUUCUAAAGAAAUCGCUAUGAGUUUGGUCGACUGGAACAAUGGAAUUGGUCGAAAAUAGGGCUCAAAGUCGGCGAAAUUGCCGAUGCAUAUAUAUCGCUGAGAUAGCUAACUUCGCGGGAGUGUAAUUCCGAACGUGUUCCAAAGGUCCCAGCACCAUGAAUGAAACGUCAAUGAAGCUGGCUGAACGUAUGGUUUCAGUCACUUACUUGCAACAGGCUGCAGAGGCAAGAGCAGCACACGAGAAGAAGAUCAAGAUUCUUAUAGAGCAGGGCAAGUGUCCCAUAGAUGGCUGGGAUGAUGCCACCAUAGAGCUCCUAGUGAAUGACUUUGCUCUGAUGGACAGCAAUAAUUUUCGCCACAACAGCGGCGUCGGUGAGAGAGAGGCAAAAAUAUUUUCAGGGCUGGUCGCUCGGCGCCAUUAUGGCAUGGGCCAUGGUGUGGGCCGCUCCGGUGACAUUGCAGAGGUUCAGCCUAAAGCAGCUGGCUCCAGCCUCUUGAAUAAGCUGACCAACACCAUGGUGCUUGAUGUCAUUAGGACUGUAGGUGUAAAAAAGGCAGCCGGAUGCCUGGUAGUUCCUUUGGCCACUGGCAUGAGUAUGGUGCUAUGUCUGUUGACACUCAGACGUGAAAGACCCAGUGCCAAGUAUGUCCUUUGGCCACGCAUAGACCACAAGUCAUGCUUCAAGUCUAUUAUCACUGCAGGAUUUGAACCAGUUGUUGUGGAGAACCGCCUUGAGGGUGAUGAGCUCCGAACAGAUGUAGCAGAGAUAAAGCGUCUGAUCACCUCCCUGGGCCCAGAGUCUGUAGCAGCUGUGAUGACAACAACCAGCUGUUUUGCUCCUCGUUGCAUUGAUAAUCUAGAAGAGGUAGCUAAAUUAUGUGCUGAGUUUGGGGUGCCUCACUUAGUCAACAAUGCUUAUGGUCUGCAGUCAUCAAAGUGCCUUCACCACAUUCAGGAAGCUGGCAGAGUUGGUCGUGUCGAUGCCUUUGUGCAGAGCACUGACAAGAACUUCAUGGUGCCUGUUGGUGGUGCUAUCAUUGCUAGCUUCAAUACCAAAUUCAUUGAGGAAGUUGGCAAGAUGUAUCCCGGUCGAGCAUCUGCUAGCCCUAUACUGGACCUGUUCAUAACACUUCUCUCAAUGGGUGUGAAGGGUUACAAACAACUUUUAGGAGAAAGAAAGGAACUCAAGACUUUUCUCACAAGACAAAUGGAGGAGGUUGCACAGAAGCAUGGGCUUCGUGUUCUUAAUACAAAGAAUCCAAUAUCUGUAGCCAUGACAGUGCCAAGUGAUGCCCACACCUCCCUGACUGAGCUGGGAUCAAUGAUGUUCCUGCGUGGUAUUUCAGGGACUCGAGUUAUAGCAACCACUGAUGUCAAAACUAUCGCUGGUGUAAAAUUUAUCGGAUGGGGCAGCCACAGCAAGAACUACCCUCAUCCAUACCUGACGGCAGCAGCAUGCAUUGGCAUAACUAAAAUGGAUGUGGAGACAUUUGUACAGCGCCUUGACAAGUGUCUGGAAAAGUUUAAAGGCAGCAAAGCUCCAGUCUCAGUCCUGAGUGUAAAUGGAGAUAAGGAAGCUGUAACCUCCACAGGAGAGGUAGUAGAUGAAGACAGUAUUGAUGCAUAAAGGUCAUACAAUUUUGGGGGAAUGAGAGACAGUUAGGUUUGAUUCUAGGAAGGAGUGGGUAACCUUAUUUUUUUUAAUCAAGAGCCCUUAACCAGCAAACAUCCUUUACCCUUAAAAAGGGGUCAUCUAAGGAGGUAUGCCAAGGAACACAUCAUUACAUUUCCAACACAGAGAGCAGAAUCUUCUGAUUAGUUGCUCUAAGAAAGAAGGUAAUUACAACAUCUGUAUAUAUCUCUCUUCCCUACAUAUCAUGUCACUCACCAAACUGAUGUUCAUAAUUAUUAAUAUAUUUAAAGAUUUUAUUUCUUUGCAGUGUUUACAAUGUAUGAUUAUAAUUUGGAUUUGUUAAGUAGAAACAAAGGCACUAUCAUGCCAGGGCAUUUCGGGCAGACUAAACCUGAUACAGACUACUUAAUACUAGUGAUUUUGAGAGUAGUAAAUUUUUAUUAUAUAUCACUUUUAUUAUUACAUCAGAGGUAGCUAGUGGUUUACAGUAACUGAAUUUAUAGUUGUGAUGAAUUAUAUGAAAAUAUUACAGUAUUACAAUAUAGCACAAUUUGGAAUAAUGAAAUUGAAACAAUUUUAAGUUUAAAGUAAUGCUAAAAUAAUUGAGCAGUCGUAAAUUAUUUAGGAGUUUUUCGAGUUACUGGUUAAUUUUGGGUGAUGAGAUGAUUUCUAAGUAGAGCCUUAAAUUGAUUUGCAGCAAGAGCCUUUUUUGUAUGUUCAGGCAAUGAAUUAUAGAUCUUCAGGCCCUUUAUGUGCAUAGCAGUUUUGCAUAAGGAGAGAUGCCUGUGCGUUCUGUUGGAGUUAUCAAGGAGGGAUUUGAGAGGAGGGUUAAUAUUGGAGUAUAAUGUUCUGUGUAUGUAGUAGGCACAAUAAUAUGUAUGGAUAUUCUGUUUACUAAGCAAGUUUAGGCUCUUAAAAAGCGGUGGAAUAUGUUGCCUAAUGCAGGAAUUGGUAAUCAAUCGCACAGCAGCUUUUUGUUGGGUUUUUAAAAGUUUAAGGUGAUUUGCUGUAGUUGAACCCCAUGCACAAAUACCAUAGGUGAGGUAAGGGUAAAUGAGAGAGUGGUAAAGAGCAAGACGUGCCAUUUGGGGUACAUAGUACCAUAUCUUAGAAAGGAUGCUACUGUUUUGGAAACUUUCUUGGAUAUUUGCUGUAUGUGGGUCUGAAGUUUAAGACUGCAGUCAAAGUGGAGACCUAGAAAUUUACCCUCUUUGUCUUGAAAUGGAGGAACUAUUUAUCGAUAUAUUUAGCUGAACAUUUGAAGCUCUGUUUCAAAACAAUGAAGUUUUGUCUGUAUUGAGAAUAAGUUUGUUGAUCGUCAUCCAAGUAGAUCUUUUUAGUAGUUUGUCAUUUACAGUGUCUCUUAGUAUAGUUGGGUCUGGGUGAGAGAAGACAUAAGUAGUGUCAUCUGCAAAUAAAACAGGUUUAAUUAUUUUAGAUGCGCUUGGGAGGUUAUUGAUGUAAAUGAGAAAGAGAAGUGGGCUAAGGCCACUACCCUAUGGGACUCCAAUAAGAACAGGUUGUGUAGUUGAGGUAACACUGUUUGUGUAUACAUACUGGUGUUUGUUGCUAAGAUAAAAUUUAAAGUAAUCGAGAGAGUGUCUCUGACUCCAUAAUGCUCAAGUUUCAGGUGCAGUAGGUCAUGGUCAACUGUAUCAGAUGUUUUUUGUUGGUAUAUGAAAAAUCCCAGAUUAAUUUCAUUUUUUCGAGUGCCAUAUAUACAAGUUCAAGCAUAUGUAUAAUUGCAUCAUUAGUGCUUCUUUUUGGCCUAAAUCCAAACUGACAGGGGCUAAGUAUGUUGUUGGAUACUAAGUAGGCGUAAACUUGCUUGUGAAUUAUUUUUUCGAAGAUUUUAGAUGGUAGGGGCAAGUUUAAUAUAGGUCUAUAGUUAUUCAGUUCAGUUGGAUUGCCUCGUUUGAGGAUUGGGGUAACCCUUGCUGUCUUGAGUAUGGAUGAGAGGGUAGAAGAUUCAGUAAAUUUGCUAAAAAGAGUUGCAAUAAUUGGUAACAACACAUACUGGAAUAUACCUGGAGAGGGUUUCAGGGGUCAAUGCCCCCACAGCUUGGUCUGAGACCAUGCCUCAUACUGGAUCAGGGUCUGAUCAACCAGGCUGUUACUGCUGGCCACACACAAACUGACAUACCAACCACAGCUCGGCUGGUCAGGUACUGACUUUAGGUGUCUGUCCAGAGCCUUCUUGAAGAAAGUCAGGGGUCUAUUGGUAAUCCCCCUUUAUGUAUGCUGGGCAGCAGUUGAACAGUCUUGGGCCCCUGACACUUAAUGUGUUGUCUCUCAUUGUACUCAUGGUGCCCCUGCUUUUCAUUAGGGGAAUGUUUAAUCUCCUGCCAAGUCUUUUGCUUUCAUAGGGAAUGUAUAUUAUCAUGUAUCUCUCUUGCCUGCAUUCCAGGAAAUACAAUUCAAGGGAUUUCAACCAUUCCCAGUAAUUUAGGUGCCUUAUUGUACUUAUGUGUGUCGUGAAAGUUCUUUGUACACUCUCCAGGUCAGCAAUUUCACCUGCCUUGAAAGGGGCAGUUAGUGCACAGCAGUAUUCCAUCCUAGAGAGAAGCGAUUUGAAGAGAAUCAUCAUCUGCUUGGCGUCCCUAGUUUUCAAGGUUCUUAUUAUCCAUCCUAUCAUUUUCCUAGCAGAUGCAGUAGA